AAGCUGGCUUCUUGCCUCUGAUAGCCAAUCAGGAAGCGCGUUGCUGAGACGUAGGAGUGGCUCGUGGACCUGUGGACGCCUCCGGGGCCCAGGGGUAUGAUUUUCCUGAGGACUGCUUCCCAGAAAUUUUGAUUCCCUGAAAUUAUGGAUUGCCCACCUGUGUUUUGAGAAAGCUUUAGCAUGUGGUUUUCUGGAGAUAGCACCAUAAGAACUGAAUGUCUUAUAGAGCUGCCUUUAGGGGUAGGAAGGACACUGAAGCAGAGAGACAUUGCUUGCCCAUUGUCACACAUCUUGGAAGUACCUGAGCUGGAAUCAUAACCCAGGCCACUGGCAUCCGAGUCUUCAUAGAACUAUGCUUCGAAGUAUUCUGGGGAAAACCUUUCGACUUCUUGGCUAUACUCUUCAGUAUGGCUGUAUAGCUCAUUGUGCCUUUGAAUACGUUGGUGGUGUUGUCAUGUGUUCUGGACCAUCGAUGGAACCUACAAUUCAGAAUUCUGACAUUGUCUUCGCAGAAAAUCUUAGCCGACAUUUUUAUGCUAUUCAAAGAGGUGACAUUAUAAUUGCCAAAAGUCCAAGUGACCCUAAAUCAAAUAUUUGUAAAAGAGUAAUUGGUUUGGAAGGAGAUAAAGUUUUCACGCACAGCCCGUCAGAUUACCUUAAAAGCCAUAGUUAUGUACCAAGAGGUCAUGUUUGGCUGGAGGGGGAUAAUCUCCAGAAUUCUACAGAUUCCAGGUACUAUGGACCUAUUCCAUACGGACUAAUCAGAGGACGUAUUUGCUUAAAGAUUUGGCCUCUGAAUGACUUUGGAUUUCUUCGUGACAGCCCCAAUGGCCACAGAUUUUCUGAUGAGUAGCCAGCAUUUAGCCAACCAAAUCACUUCAUUAUCAUAUCGUGUUCCUCAAGAAACAUUUUACUAAGUCACUGAAACCAUGUAUUUAUAAAUAAAAUAUUUGAUACGGAAUUUUAUUUUCAAAUAGGAGCUAAACAGAAGGGAGUUGAAUCUUUUACUGAUGUUUUACACACACAACACAUACUCUCCUCUCCCUUUCCCUCUUCCACCCCCACUGAAAGCAAAAAUUUGUAAUUUAAAAGAAGAAAAGAUUAAAGCCAUCCUGGUAUUUUGUGUGACCUAAAUAGCUGGAUAUUUGGAUCACUGACUCAGUUCUUUUACUUUUCAGUUGGACUUUAUGUGUUCUAUAGACCCAGCCAAAGAAAUUCUAUUCUUCCUUCUCAAUUAUGCUUUGGUUUGGCUACACUCACCAUGAGGGUGGUGACCAUUUAUUUUUAAUUACAGGUCAAAUCUGGCUACAACAGAAACUUCCCAUAAUAAAGAUUGCCAAGUCCCAGGUUUGGCCCACUUACUCAACAAAAAGAACAAAAGAAUUUCAGCAAUCCUUUGGGAUUCUUGAAAAUGAGCUCUGACCUGUGUUACACACAGAACACUAAAUAUAUAGAAAUAUAAAACUGUUUAAUGGUUACAGUGACAUCUAUGAAAUUCACAAUUAUAAAGUAAGAAAUAGGACAGGAAAAUAUUGGUUUCAAGAUACCAAUAACAUUGUAUUCCAAAUUCAGAAAUAGGAAUACUAUGUUUUUUAUAAUUAAAAAAAUACAAUCCCAUUUAAAAUAAUUUAUUGAAACCAUAAAUACCCAUUACCUAAAUUGCAUGAUGGGACUGGUUCUGAUUCCUGACUAAAGAAGACUAUUUCCUGACCCUAAAGAAGGAAGGGAAAAGCCAACCAGCAAGCCCUUUGUUUAACUAUAUAGAGUUAGGGUCUGAUUCUAUUAUUAUAGCUAACCCAAAUUGCUCAUGUUUCAGCAUGGAAGGGAUGGAUAUUAUUCAUAAAAUAAAUACCUCUUACUUAUAAAGUGA